AUGAUACGCGAUGCAGCACUGGAGAACAAAUUCCGAAAGCUGCCCAAUCCAACAUCGCCCAGAAACGACAAACUGGUGCACAACCUGUCGUCCAAGGAGCUGACGAAGAAUCAGAUGCAAGUUUUACGGCAUGAAGCUUCAUUUAACACGGCUGACGGCAAACCUGUUAACAUGAUUGCAGCAGUAGAAUCAACCCUUAGUCAGACGAAGACAACGGAGGAGGCUAAGAGCCUCAUCCGACACCAAGUGUCGUCUCUCCUGAUGGCCCACAGGCCAUGGGAAGUGCUUUCCAAUGUCGAACGUGAUGCGUUUAGAGAAUUCAAGGUCGACAAAGACCUGGUCAUCGUGCCACCGGACAAAGGGCGCGCCACGGUUGUAUUGGAUAGGACAGAAUACCUUCAAAAAGCCAAGGGUUUACUGGAGGGCCGACAGGUCUAUGUCCCAUGUGCAACGAACCCCUAAAAGGCGCUGACACGCGAAAUUAAUGCUACGUUGUUGGCCUUGGAGAACUGAGGUGCAAUAACACCGACCGACAGACUCAUGGCGAGACCCCAAGAUACGGCAUUGGCCCGAUUAUAUGGCCUCCCUAAGUUGCACAAAGACGGCGCUCAUCUCCGACCCAUCGUGUCACUCAAAGGGACUCCACCGUACGGACUGGCGUAGUGGCUGUUCCGGCGUCUCAAGUUCCUGACCGCCGAGUCAGACACCACGGUCUCUUCGUCAGCACAAUUCCUGGAGAAACUCAAAGGGGUAAGCCUCCAUCCAAAUGAGGUCAUAGUAACUUUUGAUGUUACAUCCCUUUUUACUUCUAUUCCCCAGGACCUGGCGAUCGAGACAAUCGAGCUGCUUCUACAAAGCAAAUACGAUGAAACGGAGAAUCGUCUUGGACACGCCAAAUUCCUUCAGCUCCUGAAGUUCUAUCUCAGGACGUACUUCACGUUCGACGGGACAAUCUACGAACAGGUGAAGAGCACACCAAUGGGUUCGCCAAUUUCGGGAUUCAUCGUCGAGGCGGUCCUACAACGGUUAGAGUCACAGAUCUUUCAACACCACAGACCGAAGUUCUGGGCCCGGUAUGUGGAUGAUACCUUCGUCGUUAUCAACCAGGAUCAACUGCUGACAUUCAAGGAACGUCUGAAUGCGGUCUUCCCGGACAUACAAUUUACGAUGGAGGAGGAAGAGAACAACCAGCUGACCUUCCUGGAUGUCCUCGAAUGCCGCAAAGAUUGUGGUGGACUAAAGAUCAAAGUGUUCAAGAAAGCGACAAAUACGAUGCAGGUACUGAACUUUAACAGAAACCACCCAAUCAGCCACAAACGCAGUUGUGUAAGGACGCUCUAUUGGCCUGUCUAAACGCACUGCAGUGUGCCGGAAGACAAGAUUGCCGAGCUACAAUACAUCCGACGGGUCUUCAAAGCCAAUGGAUACUCGCGCAACUUCAUCAACCGGUGCAUACACAAAAGUGACGAAAGGCCUAACCGCAUGGACACCAAAUGUUGGCGAGCGCUUCCGUAUGUCAAGAACGUUUCGGAAGCUGUCGGUCGCCUUCUCGCACCACUGGGGCCUGGAGUUGCACACAGACCGGAGGCAACCAUCAGGCGUCAGGUAAAGAAAACGAAAGACACACUGCCACGGCUAGAAACGUCUGGAGUCCUUUAUCGGAACCGGUGCAGUUGCGGACAAAGCAACUUCGUCAGAGAAACUGGAAGACAGUUCCGAACGAGAAUGGCCGAACUCGCUGCAGCGGUGCGGAGAAAUAAAGCCUUCUCUCAAGUUGCGGCUCAUUCGACAAGAUCCGGCCACACAUUCAAAUUCGAAGAGGCCUUAAUACUCGCAAGAGUUGACAACCGCCUGAGCCGGUAGCUACUUGAAUCAUGGUUUACUGCCCCAGUCCAUUAACAAGUGCAAUUAACUUCCCCUUCCAUACUGGGUGCUGAGACUUCGCCUAGGCGGAGUAAUUAGCCACGCGGGGAGCGCACAAGUGAACACUUUUCCCAACACCAGGGUCAGUGUGUCAGAUUGUCGAGCAAUCAUCACACCAACAUCCAACGCACGUGAUGAAUUUGCAGCAAUUAACGACUCGAAUGUCGGCCAUCAAGCAAUUAGCACACCAAGGGCGACGAUCCCGGAUGAAGGGCGAGCCGUGAAUGUUCUCAGGUAUGCGGUAGCAUGGUUACUGCAUCCUAUAAAUACUGCAGCCCCUUGUGCAUGAACCACCCCUAUUUGCUUUUGUCUCUGAUGAUAUGUUCGAGCAGGAAUCCGAAACGUCAGGCUAAUAAAGCUCUUGUCCCAAAAAUCAUGUCUCCUUCUUCAUGACGCUAAUUAUAUUAACUAUCAUUUCGGCCGGUCAACUAAAAACACGGAAUAAUGUGAGACGUUCGGUGAUAUUUCUAGUACAUCCUCUACCUCAGCGGAUCCCACCGUCGCUAAAUGCCCCAACAGGAAUGUUGUUGAAACAAAGUUCUUCAUAUACGCAGAAAAUAAUAUAUUUGUGAAUGCAUAUGCUCAGUGGGUUCAAAUUAAUGCGUGCUGAGCAUGUGACUUUAUGGAAGCCAUAAUUACUACGCCUUAUGUGUGAAAAAAUAAAAUGAAGUAUUGUUUGAUUUAAACAAUACGAUCUUGAAAAAAAUUGCGUCGAAUGCCUGCAAAUAGAUUUCCAAGCAAAUAAUCAAACAUUACGCACUUCAUUUUAUGCAGAAGGUAACAUAACACCCAUUUUGUGGAGGAUAUUUGCGACAAACAUAUGCAUAACUGUUCUUUUGAAUAAUUACUAUAUGUGGGCUGUUUCAUUUACCCAGCCAACAGCAUAUAGAUAGUCAUUACGGAAUGCCAAAAUCCGAGUUUAUUCAGUGGACAUACAUUUUUGCGUUUGCGAUAUUUCCGCUUCAGUAGGUUAGUAUUUCAAACCGGCCAAACAGAGUGUUAGUAUUUAUUUUGGGUUUUUGUUUAAUUUGAGCAGGUUCACUAUAAAUUUGAACUGGUUUGACAACAUCGACAUAUUUUAGUCAAGUUUAAGCUGAAAAGCAAAGGCAACUCAAGGCCUGCGUGAACUAUCGAAUCGACGCCAAUAAAGCGGUUUUUUCCGCUAUCGCUGUUUUGUGCAGCAGCGACUAAGAAAGAGACAGCACAAAUAAACAACUGUGCACGCAAAGGAAAUCCAGGGAUGUACCGACUGAACUGCAAUCAAGAACUUCUUCAAAUCACCGCGGCAGCCUACGAUCACCUAACUUAAGGAACCGUGACGCUUCUCAGCACUAAUGGACAGACUCUUCUAGUUAAAAUCAUUUCACAUUGUGGAGUGUCUUCGUAAGUGGCCUCAACGGAAGUGUCCUGCGAUGUCGCUAUCGACCACUUCCCUCAAGCAAGAACCAGAAGCAAAUUCGAUCUGCUGCCUUCUCUUCCAGAAGCAACCUUUCAACUCUUCAGCAGCAAGGCACCGGACUCCGACACGUUCCCAACAGACGGCCCCGGCUGAUGAAUCAACUCACAACGCUAUUCCAAAAGAUGUAAAUCGGAGGACAGGUUCCUCGGGACGUCAAGGAUGCGACAGUCGUUUAUCUCUAUGAGCGCUAAGAGAACCAGUAAGUCUGUGAUAACUUCCAAGGACUCGUUCUGCUCGAAAUCCCCGGAAAGUCCUUCACUCGCAUCCUCCUCAAAUUGGGGACUUCUGCUGGAAAGUCUGGACUCUGACGCCACUGCGGAAACACCGACAUGAUCUUCGCCGUCCGCCAGCUGCAAAAGGAGCGUUAGAGAAUGCGGACCCAUAUCUACACUUCGUACGUGGACUUGAAGAAAGCCUUUGAGGGGGUGGACUGAGAUGAAUUGGGGAAAAUCAUGCAGGAUUUCGGCUGUCCUGUGCGAUUCACUCUGCACGGCGGGAUAAUGGCGUGCAUAACGGCCAACGGGACUGUCCCCGAGGCAUUCGCAGUGACUAGUGGAGUGAAGCAGGACUGCGUAAUUGGCCCAAUCCCCUUCGGCUUCAGAUUUUCUGGCAUGCUGAUAGACGUUUAACUUGAUGAGUGCUCUAAGAUUCGCAUCGCCUACGGGGCUGACGAACAUCUUCUUAACAAUCGGCGCGUGCGGAACUCACCACGUCUCUCUACGACUUACAUGCAUGACCCGCUCUUCGCUGAUGACUACGCAGUCAACACCGUGUCAGAAGUUGACAGGCAACGGAGCAUGGAUCUCUUUGCCACGGGUGUACCCACUUCGGGCUGA